UUGAUCUUUAGGUUUUCCAACCAACUAAAGUUGUUUUUCGUUGGAGGACCAAACUCGAGAGACGAUUACCAUUUGGAAGAAGGAGAAGAAUUUUUCUAUCAACAAAGGGGCGACAUGGUGCUGAAGGUCAUUGAACGUGGACAACCACGUGAUAUCAGAAUAAAGGAAGAUUCUAUUUCUACAAGGUACUUUGUUAAAUCGAGUACUGUGCGCCUAUUCGAACGUUGGUUUCAUCUGAAUGAUGUGGUGCGUGACUUGCCACCAUUAAUUCAGGCCUUUCGAUCCUCCGAGGAAUGUCGAGCUGGUAUUCCUGGGCCGAAAAGUUUUCUGAUAAAUGCACCCUACGAAGCUGUUGCCACUGAUUUAUCGAAACCCAUGAAUCUACAGAACUUCAUUGAAAAUCAUAAGGAAGCGACACGGUUAGUUACAAAGCCCACCUACGACUCAGUGAGAGAGUAA